UCAUAUCUACCUCUCUUCUCUCCCCCACACGCACUCCACACACUCACCCACUCCUCCCACACACUCCCCAAUGGCCAGCCUCUCAAGCACCAUGUUCAGCGCCGCCGUGCUCCCCCGCAAGCCGGUAGUCUCCGCCCCUGGCCUUAACCAGGCCGCUCUCUUCGGCCUCAAGUCCUCUUCCGGAAGACUCACUUGCAUGGCCACCUACAAGGUGACGCUGCAAACCCCCAGUGGAGAGGUGAAGUUCGAGUGCCCCGACAACGAGUACAUCCUCGACAGGGCGGAGGAGUUGGGUCACGAUCUGCCCUACUCGUGCCGCGCCGGAGCGUGCUCCUCCUGCGCCGGGAAGGUGUUGAGUGGAACCGUGGACCAGUCGGACAAUAGCUUCCUGGACGACGAGCAGAUAGAUGCCGUUCCUACCUCCGAUGUCACUGUUGCCACUCACCAGGAGGAUGCACUUGCCGGAUGAUUAAUCUGUAACUUCAUUUCACAUCUCUCUCUCUCUCUCUCUCUCUCUCUCUCUCUUCAAUUGCUCAUGCGUUUCUGAUGAAUGCAUACCACAAUAACAAGGCCGUGUUUGGCUCUACUACUUUUAGAUUGAUUUUCUGUAAUUUGAAAAAUAGAGAGAGCUGAGAGACGACGACGAGUGUUGUAUUUUCCUUUUAGAGAUUGUAAUACUUCAAUUGUAUUUUGUAUCAGCCGUACCAUGAAAAUCAUUUUAUCACUAUUUUGUAA